AGGCCGCAGCUGAGCUUCCAUAGUGAUGGUGUUCGGCUUGGAUAAGGUUUCAGUCUGUGGUUUCAUGUGGCUGUUUGUAGAAUCAAUACUAUGAACACUGUAGGGAUCCAAGCCUAUGGUAGCAGACGCGAUUUGCAUGGUGGUGCCCACCUGCCCAGGAUUCGCACUCCUUUGAUCCAGCAGAACUGGGCUCAAACCCUUCAGCUUCAACUACAGCACUGGAAAGCAUGAAAGAAGAUAACUGCUCUUCUCCACUCCGACUCCCUCCGAUUUUGAGGCAACCAUUAAGCAUCACUGGACUCUAUAUUCCAAGGGACAACAGGGUGUACCCAAAGAGCAACCAUGAAGAGCUAAGCCAGCAGGCUUAUGGAAAAACUACUUUAAGUUCCCAGAACGAUUAUAUCCCUGCAGUCAUUAAGGGACAUCGACACUUUGGCUUUGGAGGAUCAGUGUUGCCUGAGUCUGUAAUCGUUCAGCAAUAUUAUGACCUCACCCAAACCAAGAGAUGUAAUAUCCGACUGAAUGACCAGCUGGUCCCCAAACCAACAGACAUCGACAUGAGUAAGAAGACGAUUAAAGUCGAUAUUCCAAGAGAACAUCCCUACAGCUCCCACAUCUCCCGGUAUCCCGCUAUAUUUCCAUCAUACCGAUCCCCAGUACAGCCCUCCAGUGCUUCUGCUCCUGUUCUCGUGUGGAGGCAUCAUCAAAGAACAAAAAUAUAA